AUGCCUGAAGUCGCUGUCAAGAAUAAAGUAUGCUUAAUCGUGCACGAUGGUUGGGGAAUCGCACCUUCUAAAGGCAUCAAAGGAAACGCCAUCGAAACUGCAGAUACAACCCACAUGGACACACUCUCCCGCACAAACCAGAAUGGCGACGGCUCGGGCGGGUAUAGAACGCUCUCUGCUCAUGGAGUUGCUGUAGGCUUGAGCGAAGGGCUCAUGGGAAACUCUGAAGUUGGCCAUCUCAACAUUGGCGCUGGGCGUAUUGUCUGGCAAGACAUUGUAAGAAUCGACGUUGCGAUCAAGAAGAGGCUAUUUCACAAAAAUGAGACGAUUCUCGCGAGCAUAAAACGCGCCAAGGAAGGUAACGGGAGGUUGCACUUGGCUGGAUUGAUCUCCGACGGCGGUGUCCACUCACACAUAAGCCAUCUCUUCGCCCUUCUCGAAACGGCUAAAGAAAAUGAGGUUCCACACACCUACAUCCACUUCUUCGCCGACGGGCGUGACACUGCUCCCCGCUCCGCCACCAUCUACGCAAAUCAGCUCCAAGACUUUAUAGACAAAGAGGGCUACGGACAGAUUGCGACAGUGGUGGGGAGGUACUAUGCGAUGGAUAGGGAUAAGAGGUGGGAGAGGGUGAAGGUCGCUGUUGAUGGACUAAUCAAGGGCGAGGGUGAAGCGCUGAGUAAGGAGGAGGGGCUGAUUGACAAGAUUGAGGAGAGGUAUAAGAAGGAUGAGACGGACGAAUUCUUGAAACCAAUUAUCGUUAAUGGAGACGAUGGCAGAAUUAAAGAAAGCGACACGUUGUUCUUCUUCAACUACCGCUCAGACCGCAUGCGUGAGAUCGCAACGCUCCUUGGAAAGCUGGACACGCCGAUAGAGUUGGAUAUACCCAAGGAUCUUCACAUCUCGACGAUGUCGCGGUACAACGCUGAGUUCCCAUUCACUGUAGCUUUCCCUCCACAAGCUAUGACGAACGUCCUGGCAGAGUGGUUAGGAAAGCAGGGCGUGAAGCAGUCUCAUAUUGCUGAGACAGAAAAAUACGCACACGUCACGUUCUUCUUCAAUGGAGGUGUCGAGAAACAGUAUCCCUUGGAGGAACGUCACAUGAUCCCCUCUCCGAAAGUCGCAACAUAUGAUCUCGAGCCUGGGAUGAGUGUCCAAAACGUAGCAGACAAGGUUGCGGAGGUUCUGAAGAAUGGAGAAAACGAGUUUGUCAUGUGUAAUUUUGCACCACCUGAUAUGGUCGGACACACUGGUGACUAUCAAGCGGCUGUCAAAGCCAUCACCAAGACAGAUGCUGCCGUGGGUACGAUCGCGGCGGCUUGCAAAGAGACGGGGUACGUUCUGCUUAUCACAGCUGACCAUGGAAACGCGGAGCAAAUGUUGAAUGCGGAGACUGGGGCACCUCAUACGGCGCACACGACGAACAAAGUACCGUUUAUCAUGGUUGGCGGGACGGGGCUUAAAUUUGCGGAGGAGGGAGGUAAAGAGGAAGAAGGCAAGGAAGAAGGGGACAAAGGGAUCAAGGAGAAGGCUCAGGAGGAAGAGGAGGAAGAGGGUGCGUUGGCAGAUGUAGCGCCUACGGUGCUUGCUAUUAUGGGUCUUCCUCAACCCGAAGAAAUGACUGGUCGCUCUUUGCUUGCGUGA